AUGCACUACAAACUACAAGGCAGGCCACAAGCUGACGGAGAGACAGUUGGAAAGACCUCGCUGAUCACCCGGUUCAUGUACGAUUCGUUCGACAACACGUACCAGGCCACUAUAGGGAUUGAUUUCCUCUCCAAGGUGCGAUAUCCUGCUGCCUCGACAAUACUACGAGAGAGAAAGAACCUACGAAAGAUGGAGAGACUGACGGGAACAGACAAUGUAUCUAGAAGACCGGACGACGAUGUGCGUGACGAGCGAGGGAACGACGUCAUCAUCGCGCUGGUCGGUAACAAGACGGAUCUCAACGACAAGCGGGAGGUCACGACGGAGCAGGGCGAGGAGGAGGCGAAGAAGAACGGGCUGAUGUUCAUCGAGACGAGUGCGAAGCUGGGGCAUAACGUGAAGAACCUGUUUAAAAAGAUAGCCCAGGCGCUGCCGGGCAUGGAGGGGGAGACUCCCAACAGCGACAACCAGAGUAUGUUGUCUUCCCUGUCUGAUGGAAUGUUAUCUGUUAAUAGACGGUUAUACUGA